UGCCACCCCCAUUCCUCAGCAGCUCCCCCGUGCCUUGGGCACAACGUGAACUCCUCUGGAGAGGGACUGUUGGAACAUCCCGGGGGAGAGCCACUUGCUGCCACGAAGGGCUGGGUGGCUGCGUCCUAGGAGAGAGCGGACCCCUUCCCUGCUGCAGGUGCCUGGUGUCCUGCAAAGCGUGGCAGAUGGAGGCUGGUCUGCACCCAGCCAGCCCUGGGAAAGCUCCAGCCCCGGGAGAGGGAGGAGCUGCUCCCCAGGUGGGGCAGGUGGGGGGCCUGGGCUCAGGUGUGUCUCGGGCUCUGGGACGUGAGUGCUCCCGGGCCAGUGCUGGCAAGUCAAAGCUGGCUCUCGGCCCCAGGAUACAGCUCUGGGAAGCUGCGUUUGUCUCCCAGACUCUGCCUCGGAGGAAGGCCAUGGAAGGGGAAGGGCUAAGAAACUUCAAGGAACUUCGAGCUAAAUUUCAAAAGUUUGAUGCGCCACCUCCUCCAGGACCUAUUAAAUUCUCAGCAGGUGUUUCUCGAAAGGGUGGCAUUCGAAACACACAGUCAACAAGAACUUUGGCCAAUGGGAAACCCCUCUUGCCCAACCACAAUCCGCUCCCACUAUGCUGUUCUAGUGCUGAACCCCAGCUUCUUAAACUCCAGGAUAUGAAAGUGGCCCAGGGGAGCAAGAUUCAGAAAUGUCCGAAUUCCCCAGGACCUCCAGAGAGGUCUCCUGGUUCUGCAGUGAAUUUACAGAAAACUUCUCUGCUGUUAGACGUGAGUCAGUCAAGUGCUGAGAUAACCAACGAGAGGAGAGUAGCAGUGACAGAUAGCUUCAAAGACAAGCUCUGGAACUGGGAGAAGGUGUCAUCUCGAAAUGAGAUGUCUUCAGCUUCUUUCCUUCCCAGUUAUACAAACAGGGGCUUCCAUCCGGAGGAGCAGCAAAGCAGAGGGCUUACUCCAAAAGAACCCAGGAGACAGCUGGAAACAGAAGGAGCCCAGACCCUACCUUCCCAGAGUUACUCGGUGGCCCAAAGAAAAUCACCUGAAGAUCCCACUUUUCUAUUUUUUCAACAUGGCAGGAAGAGCCUAGAAACCCCUCACCCUGAGAGGAGCCCAGCGGGGAGCUCCUGCCAGCCUGUCUAUGAGAGUGAACUUGCCAGCCAGACCCCAGAGAAACAGCCAGUUGACAGGCAUCAUCAACUUCUCAAAACAAAACAACUGCCUCCCAUCAAGUCCCUGGGUCCUCCUCCUCCAAAGCCUCCGAAGCCACCAGUUGUAAACCUCCAGGCCUUCCAGAGGCAGGCGGCUGCGAUUUCCGAGAGCCACAGGGAAGCAGCUGGGAAAGAGCACUGCCUGCCUCCCGAGAGUGCUGAAUUUGAAGAACCACAUAAUUAUGAGGCAACAAUUUCAUAUCUGAAACACUCUGGCAACUCCAUUAACCUGUGCACUGCAAAAGAAAUUGCUGAUUCAACUUAUGAAGUUGAAAUUGAAGAACCUCAAAAGCCGUGGAAGAGUGGUCUCUACCCAGAAUUUAGCUCUAAACAUGAAGAUGAAGAUAAAAAGAAGGAAAAAGAACCAUGUGGAUUGGAACCUCGAAAACCAAAGAAGGAUCUACCUUCAAGCCAUCUUUUCAAGGAGGCUGCCUGUGGAGGGAUGCUGGGAAGAAACCAGGUGAUGAAAGUCCAGAGAGGCAACAUGAACAUGCUGCCCAGAAAGCAGGACCCUGUGAGCCACAUUGUCCAGACAAAGGCCUGCCCCCAAGACCCGAAGCUGGCCAGGCACUCCCUAGGCCACUGUGGGUAUGUGGAGGCCUUAGAGGUCAUGAAAGAAACUCCAGACGGAGGGGCCUGUAAGCCUCUCUCCAUCUCAGACGAGACAUAUGAUGAUGUUGAGUACCCCGGGAAGGCAGGACCAAGGUCAGACUACUCUAGCUCAUUUGCUUCUGAUAAUGAAGAAAAUUGUGAAGAAGUAUAUGAAGAGGUCUAUAAAACAAAGAGCAACUACCCAAAAAUAGAUUUAGAUGGAAAAGAAGCACUGAAAAGACUACGGAAAUUCUUCAAGAAAGAAAAGGAGAGAUUUAAAAUGAAGAAAAAUAAGUUGAAAGAAAAUAUAAGUGCAUUUUCAAUUUCGCUGCCUGAUUUAGAACUUAGGUCUCAGGAAGUUAGUAUCUAUGAUAAUGUGGAUGUAAAUGAAAAAGAGCCAAGUGAUGAAGAUAAACUAAAAACCUGGAAGCCCAAGUUUUUGAUGGCAAAGGAAAAAAAAGGGAGAAAAGAUGCUGAAGAAUCAGAAAGGCAUUUCUUUAGAACAAAGAAGCAAAACUUAGAAAAGAUGAGAAUGGAAAAAGAAGAAAAACGUUUUAGAGAACAAUUUGAGUAUGACAAAGAGAUUACUGUCAUCAACACAGCAGUGGCAUGUUCCAGUAAUUCAAGAAAUGGAAUAUUCUAUUUGCCAAUAACCCCUGGAGAAGAACUGCAAGUCAUUGAUACCACUGAAGAAAAUCUAGUGAUCUGUCGCAAUUCCAAAGGCAAAUAUGGAUAUGUACUAAUUGAACACCUAGAUUUCAAGCAUCAAGGCUGGUCACCUUAGGAAGAUCAAGCUCCAUGGCAGGGGCUGCACUAGAAAAGACUAGCCUGAGACCUCAGCCCUUCCUCACCUCAGUUUCAGGUCACAUGUCAAAUGGGAUGGUGGGAUCUAUGAAUACUGAGAAGAGAAAAACUCCUCCACAUUUAGACGUUGGUUUUACUCAAUGGUUAUCUUUCAAUGUCCAUGUCAGUAUCUAUUUCACUGCUGGCUCAAGAGAGUGUGAAACCGUGUGUGUUAGCAUUUGAGCAUUUAUUUAAUAAGCCAUAGCCAAAGUUAGAAAUCAUGCCUUCUGGUACCUAGGCAGCUGUGCAGAUGGUUAGUCUGCUUCUAAUAUUAGUACACGAGUGUUUAUAAUUUCUAGAAGAUGUUGUGCAUUUAAAUUGGGUAUAAUUUACUUCUGAAAAGUAAGUACUGUAACCAAGGUCUUUUAAAUACUCAGAUUCAAGGUAUAACCUUAAAAUAUAAUUAUGGCUCAGUCUUUAAAACAUCAAGGUAUAAGUGUCCUCCUUUUAAUCAAAAAACUCAAAUCAGACAAAUGCUGUUCAAUAUUGGCUUCUUGUGGGAAUAGGAUGCUGAAAAGUAAUUUAUUCUUGAAGGAAGAGCCUAAAUCUAUUUAACACAAUUUAAAUAAUAUAUAUACUGUUUAAAACAUCCUAUUGCCCAAAGAAAAAUAAUUCUAUGCCUGAACACCUAUUAAAUACAAUUAAAGAAAAAUAAAAUGAAGCUGUAAAUAACAUUGUUUUUUACAUGAUGUGCACUGCCUGUCCAUGAAAAAAAAAUCUAUAUAGGUAUACAGCUGUUUUAAAAAUUGUUAGCUUCUUCAACACCUAAAAACUGAACAAUUUCACUCCAUUGUUUUUAUCUCCAGCGGACUCCAUCUUACAAUCUCAAGAUCACAACCUGAGCUGAAACCAAGAGUUGGAUGCUUAACUGACUGUGACACAGGGGGCCCCUUUGUUCUUUAGCCUUCAAAGGUGUGACAGAAUUUGUCCUACGGCCCCAUUCUUUAUGAGGCUUUUUAAAAAAUUUUAUCUAAAUUCAAUUAACACAUAAUGAAGUAUUAGUUUCAGAGGUAGAGUUCAGUGAUUUAGCAGUUGCAUAUAAUACCCAGUUCUCAUUACAUCACGUGUCCUCCUUAAUGCUCAUCACUCAGUUUGUUUCCUAGAGGCAAGAGACUCUUCAGGUUUGCUGUGAGACUAUGUUUUAAGCUUCUAGGUUCUUUUUUCAUGUUCCAAGUGGCACUCAUCCAAUAAAGGCCAAGCAUCAGAAGUAUUCAUAGAGGAAGGGGGAAUAUGGCAGCAGAAUAAGAGGAUUCUAGGCUCACUUCAUCCCACAAAUAUGACCAUGUAACUAUCAAAUCACACUAAAUGCUCCAGAAAUUGAUCUGAACACUGGCAGAACAAAUUCCACAACUAAAGGUAGAGAAGUGGUCACAUAUCAAAGGCAGGAAGUGCGGAAACACAGCUUGUCAUGGCCACUGUGGUGGGAAGGGAGCCAUGAUUGUCGAGAAGGGCAAGAGACAGACUAACACAUGGGAGCAUGCAGGGAAAAUGAAUGCCCAUAGCAAUUGGCUUAGAAUGUGAGAGGGGCCAAAUUCAGUGGAGCUUAAAGCCUGGAGUUUUAAAGGUCACUGUGCUUGGCUCUGUGAGAGUGCAGAGGACAUACAGGGGUAGAAACAGCCAUCUGAAGAGCCACUGGAGCACACGAUAGGAGGGUUAGUUGCUUAGCUCCAAGUCCCAGAGAGAUAGCGUUCAGGGAGAGACCCCUUGAGGAAUAAAGGAACUGAGAGGUGCCAUUUCCUGCCCCCAUCCCUUAGCAUAAGCACAGAUCCACCUGCAGGAACCAGCACAGCUUAAUACUCACUACCUAACUUGCUUACACCAAGUCCCACUUCCCCAAGCUCCGGAAGAACUACUUUUCCUACUCUGCUUACCUCAGUCUCAAGGCAGCAGGCCUCAAACCCUAGAAGACCAGCACAAGCAUCUGUCAACACUGCUUCUUACAACCUGGGAGUUUGUGAGGCCUUGGUUUCAGUGGCAACUGUGACUGUCCUCAUUUCGCAAGCAGACCAGAACACACCUCGUUAAAAGCACACCAUAUUCAAGCCAGAGCCACUGCCCACAGCAGGCAAAGAGAGCUUCUGUAGACAACUUGCCUGAAGGAUAAACCAGCACACAUUGGAGAUACUCCCAGAAGUGCCAGGCCCUGGGAACAGGGGAUACUACAUUACAGAGCACUAUAGGACUUCUUCAUAAAGCCAUUACCCUCAAGAACAGGAGAUGUAGCUGACUUUACUAACACAGAAACAGGCAUAGAGACUGAGACAAAAUGAGAAGACAGGAGAAUUUGUCCCAAAUCAAAGAACAGGACAAGCCAUGGCUAGGAAUCUAAGCAAAAGAGAUACAAGUAACAUGCCUGAUGGAGAAUUUAAAGCAAUGACCUGGGGUGCCUGGGUGGCUCAGUUAAGCAUCUGCCUUUGGCUCAGGUAAUGAGCCCAGGGUCCUGGAAUUGAGCCCUGCAUCAGGCUCC